CCUCGUCCGUUGCCGGGGCGACCCGCUCGUCAGCCCACCUGGGCGCCGGGCUCAAACCUCGGCCUCGGCGGCAGUCGGCUCGCUUUCAGGAUGAGGACGGCCGCGUUCUUCCUCGGGCUCGCGUUUCUCUGCUCGACCAGCGCAGCGGUCCAAGUGGAAUGGGCCUGUCGGGAUCGUUUUCUAUGGAUCCAGGUGAUGUCCAAAGAGCCCGUCCGCUUCGAGGCCGUCGAUGGCGACGGCGCGCACGCCAUCGGCGCGGCGGUGGCCUCUCGCUGCGGCUACAGCAUCGGCGCCUCGGACGCGGGCGGCCGCACCACCUUCCGAGCUUCUUACUACUCCUGCUUCACGGCCAUCCAGGACGACAAAGUGUUCAGCUUCCAAUUUAACGUAAUGGCGGGCGACGGCGCUUCCGAGCGGACGAGCCGCCCGGUUUCAGCCGUGUGUUCGGGUCCGAGCCGGCUCCGCCGAGAGAUGGUGUGCGAGGAGGACUACAUGGAGGUCAACGUCCAGCGGGAAGCUUCGUGCGCCGCCCGGCCGGGUCCGGCGUGGGAGGGGGCCGUCUCGCAGGCUCUGACGACGGCGAGCCGGGCCGCUCGGCUGAUGUUCCGGCAGGGUGACGGGCGCCUGACCUCGAUGUCGGUCGCCGAGGCGGAGAGCGGCGGUUACGGUUUGACCCUGACCGCCGAGAGGGCGGUGCUUCGAGCGCCGUACAAAGCCGCUGAAGCGCAGCUGACCCAAGUGGACGGCAUCCCUGUCGUAGUUGUCGGUGCCUUCCUGUUCUACAAGCGGCAGCUGAUGGUGCUAACCAUUGACAUGACCAUGGCCUGCACAGUCAAUUCCGCAUUCUACGACGGCGCUCGGCUGGUCUGGGAUGUCCCGCGGGUGCUGAGGCCUCUCGUGGAGGAGGGCGCGACAUUCAAAAGCCUGCAGCAUAGUCUGAAGGUGGGAGGCGUGGGGCUGGACGAGCAGAGCGCUGCGGCUCGAGGAUUUAGUCUAGUCCAGCAAGAACGCCUGGUCCAAAUCUUGAUACCCUUUGGGGCUGAGGGCGGCUACAAAAAGAGUUCGGUGGUAGACAACGUGUACAAGGAGACGUUUGUGAUCUCUCUGCUCUAUGAACACCGGUUCUCAGCGGCGUAUCAAGACGGGAGCAGCGUCGACACCAAACUUCAAAUUCUCAGGGUGCUCCAAACGCCGCCGCUCUGUCGGCAGCCCUUCAGCCUUAACCAGACUGACAGUGACGAGGGGCUAUUCAGGAUCUACCUGGGAAACAUUCCGAGUGAUGUCAUUUUAGAAGAAGUGACAGUUAAUAGGAAGCAAAUGCUGGCGGAGGCAACAGAAGGUGGCUUCGUUGUCAGCCCUGUGGUCCACCUGAACGGCAGUCGCGCUUACGAACUCCAGCUGCCGUUUUCAGAUGCUGUCGUUCACGAGAAGUACAUGGGGGACGGUGUGGUUCAAUACUCCAUCGACGUCAACUUCACUUUGAGCAACACGGCCCAGGGGGUCUCCUACUUUCAUCACGUCGUUAUCACAGCUCAAGUCUUGGGCGCAUUUCCACCAAAGAUCGCUGCUCAGUGUUCAGACCGAGGAAUGGUCUUCAGCGCGGUCAUGCCCCCUCGAGCGGAAUCUCUCUGGGAGGUGGGCGUCGACCAGGAGCCGCUGACGCCGCAACUGGCGGCUCAAAGAGGCUACAAACUCCGCAAUGAAAGUCAAAAAAUCACUCUGGAAGUUCCUGUAUUUUCCGCAGGCUUUACCUACGAGGACAUUACUUUGUUGAACUUUUAUGGGACCUUUAAGCUGUUGCUUCGAGAUAGCAGAACUUUGGAGGUUCAGACCACCACAUCAAAACGCUGUCGCUUCAAGACAGAAGACAUGAUAGUAUGUUCUGCAGAUGGCGUCAUAACGGUGGUGACCACGCCGGCGUCGACCUGGCCCACGGUCCGGCCUGACAAAACCAGCUUACUUGACCCCAGCUGUCGACCCAAACAGACUGACGCCACUCGGGUGCUUUUCCAGUUCCAACUGGACUCCUGCGGGACGAGGGCCACGCAGGUCGGCGACUUCGUGGUUUACGAAAACGAGAUCCUCCAUGACAGACAGCUCAUUGCAGAUGGACCAAACUUGAUCUCCCGGGAUUCUCAGUUUAAGUUAACUGUUAGGUGCUUCUAUCCGCUCAGUGGAAUUAACAGACUGACUGCGGAUCGGAUUUCCAGAUCUGAAAGUCCUGGAUUUGGUUCAAUCGAAGUCUUCGGAAGCCUGACAGAUCCAAAGAACAUGCCCCAUGUCCGCGAUUGUAUAGAGCAAGUUUCCAGCAAAGAAAGGAGCCCAUCAGAAACGGAACAAACCCGGGGAACAAUAAAAGUUGCGACCAGGCCAGGACCCCCGAGCGAGCCGCACGUUAAAUCCGAAAACCAGCAAACUGAUGUGAAAGUCGACGAGCACGUUCCAACCCCUCCGACUCUCUUGCCCUCCCCAGCUCAAGGCCAACUGGAGGAUGGCUUUUCUCUGAUUUAUAACGGCGGCUUUCGGCCAUCGCAAGGGACGAACGGCUUAAGUCUUGCAAAAGACUUGUACGAUGACGGCGUUGCCAGGUCAGAUGUAACUGGACUGGAAGACUGGUCUCCUCUCAGCCACAGGGACUUGAUCAAGCCGAAUGAAGCUCAUUGGCUCUUAAAGAAAGGGUCCGCUGAGGUUUUGGGCCGCUUUCACAUGUUUGCGGCAAACCAGCACAAGAGACCAGCCAACGCUCCUCAUAUGGAUCAUUCUGAGAAGAUUCCGGUCCCCCAAAACCCCAACAAAGUUGUGCGCCACAAUCAUUCCGUCAACAAUGUUCAAAAUAUCAGAGUUAAACCUCUGAGGAGACUUGUGUUCCAAAAUCCCAGCCAGAAAAGCGAUCAUUCAACAGCUGUCAACGGAAAGCGGCCUGAAGAUGCAAGACUGCGCCAUUGGGCGGAGACGCCGAACACCUGGGGUGGACCGUCUUCAUCGGGAGUCAUUCAAGCAGCAGGACCAUCUCGAAGUAGGAAUGGAGCGGAGCUCGGAGGAUUCUUGCCACAGGCACCUGGAUGGUCUGACGGGGUGUCUUCCCUUGGUAGCCCAGAUCUCGGCGACAAAGAGCAAUCAAACGCUCGCUAUAAGCUCAUGGAAGGGAACCUCGGGCCUGACGGAAACGUGGUCAAAUCCAGGACCUCCGGGCAACACGACUGUCACGGACUUUCUGAUCAGUACCCGGCUAGUAUUCACCAUGGAAUCGUCAGAGCCGUGGAACCAUUUGAAGGUGCCGGUCCAAGAAGACCGAAGCUGUUUUCAGGCGGGGCGACCGCACGAAUGUAGAACCGUGACGACGUCCGCUUUGAAUAAAGUCAAAGUUGUGCUGCUGAA